GUGAAUGCAAAUGAGGAGUGUAGACGAUGAUGAUGCUGAGUCUCCGGAAAUCGUACUCUUGAGCAACACAUCCACUCUUGAUUUAUAAAUAUUACCUUAAGUUGUCGGCGAAGCUACCUUGCGUGCAAUGUUGUAAUUAAGGCAUGACAAUGAGUGCCAUUUAGGUCAUUUCCGUAUGCGUUGUUGUACAGAAAAGCUGUUCUCCAUCGCUACAUAGUGAAGCACACUUCUCAGAUGCAGAGCGAUGGCUUCUGGAGAAUCCACCGGCUCCAGUACAAGAAGAGGAUCGGCGUCCUCGGUUCCACCGAGUGAGCUCAGCCGUCCGAUCAAUCUGCAGAGAAUUGCACAGAGGAAGUCUCAGAUACGGGGGUAUAAUCGAACUAAGAAGUUGGAGAAACUGGGCGUGUACUCUGCCUGCAAGGCCGAUGAAUCAUGUAAGUGUAAUGGUUGGAAGAACCCCAACCCUCCCCCGAACCCAUCGCGAGUGGAUUUGUCUCAACCACUUGCAAGCUUGGAUGAUCCAUGCAAGAGUUGCCGUCACAAGUUAGGUGCACAUGUGUCUCACCUGGAGAACACCAAUGAGGAGGAGAUGAACAGGCUACUGGGGAUCGUUGUCGAUGUAGAAAACCUCUUCAUGUGUGUCCACAAGGAAGAGGAUGCUGACACCAAGCAGGUGUACUUCUAUCUCUUCAAGCUGUUACGCAAGUGCAUCCUACAGAUGAGCAAACCCACAGUAGAGGGACCAUUGGGGAACCCACCAUUUGAAAAGCCAAGUAUUGCAAAGGGUGUCAUCAACUUUGUGCUCUACAAGUUUGGCCACCUUCCUCAGAAAGAGUGGCAGACCAUGUACGACCUGGCCAAAAUGUUCCUGCACUGCUUGAACCACUGGAAGUUGGAAACUCCCACUGCACGUAAACAGAGGGCGCAGACAGACGAUGUGUCACAGUACAAGGUCAACUACACAAGGUGGCUGUGCUAUUGCCAUGUGCCAACAUUCUGUGAUAGCCUGCCACGCUACGAAACAACACAGAUAUUUGGGCGCACACUUCUUCGCUCAGUGUUUGCAGCAAUGCGUCGACAACUUCUCGAAAAGUUCCGUGCUGAAAAGGACAAAUUGCCAGCUGAGAAGAGAACUUUGGUGCUCACGCACUUUCCAAGGUUCCUCUCAAUGCUGGAAGAAGAGGUUUAUGGCACCAACUCCCCCAUCUGGGAUCCCGACUUUAACCAAGUCCCGGCUAACAUGCCGCUGUCCUCCACACUUUCAGCAGGACAAGCAGCCCUGAGUGCAGCUGCAGGCCCCUCCAGUCUGACCAGUCACAUCACCAUCUCCUCCUCCGUACUCCCAUCUACAUCAUCUGACAACAUGACCUCCAUUAACCUCAGCCCCGGUCUCAUCAAUGCUCGCAGAGGCUCCAAGGGACAGCUGACGUCUGUUACUCUAUCUGAUAUCACAGGUGCAGAGAAGAGAAAAUUGGAGGCAGAUCUAAGUCCUGAUGAGGUCAAACCUGCCAAGGCAUUGAAAGGAGACAUUCCAAUAGAAACCAUACAGAAAGUCUUGGCCACUAUCACAGACCCUGCAGCAAUGGUAGGUCCCGAGGCCAGCGUUUUUUCGGCACACGCAGCACGAGACGAAGCUGCUCGGCUGGAGGAGCGCCGCGGGGUGAUAGAGUUCCAUGUGGUCGGCAACUCCCUGGGUCAGAAGCCGUCCAAACAGACCAUUACCUGGCUCAUCGGACUACAGAAUGUGUUCUCUCACCAACUGCCACGUAUGCCUAAAGAGUACAUCACCAGGCUGGUCUUUGACCUGAAGCACAGAACCCUGGCUUUGAUCAAGGACAACCGUGUAAUUGGGGGCAUCUGUUUCCGCAUGUUUCCCACCCAGGGCUUCACAGAAAUUGUGUUCUGUGCCGUCACAUCUAAUGAACAAGUCAAGGGUUAUGGGACUCAUCUCAUGAACCACCUGAAGGACUACCAUGUCAAACAUGGCGUCUACCACUUUCUCACAUUCGCUGACGAGUUUGCUAUCGGUUACUUUAAGAAACAGGGGUUUUCCAAGGAGAUCCGCCUGCCUGCGAGUGCCUACAUGGGGUACAUCAAGGACUAUGAAGGUGCAACACUGAUGGGGUGUGAGCUGAACCCACAGAUCCCCUACACUGAACUGUCACAGGUCAUCAAGAAACAGAAGGAUGUGCUGAAAAAGCUGAUAGAGGAGAAGCAGGAGCAGAUCGGGAGGGUGUACCCGGGGCUAACCUGCUUCAAGGAUGGGGUACGCCAGAUACCGGUGGAGAGUAUACCUGGAAUACGUUCCACAGGAUGGAAACCAAAGGACCUUAGGGGGAAGGACCAGAAUAAGGACAGUGAGCAGCUGUUUACAGUGCUGAAAACCCUGCUGACCCAAGUCAAGAACCAUGCCAGUGCCUGGCCGUUCGUCCGACCAGUGGAGAAGACUGAAGCUCCGGACUACUACGAGCACAUCAAGUAUCCUAUGGAUCUGAAGACCAUGGGAGAGCGGCUGAAAAAUCGCUACUACUGUUCCAAGAAGCUCUUCAUAGCCGACAUGCAGAGAAUCUUCACAAACUGUCGAGCAUACAACAGUCCGGACACAGAAUAUUUCCGCUGUGCCAACACACUGGAAAGAUUUUUCAUGAACAAACUGAAAGAGCUGAAUCUAGAGAAGGAACAAUGAACUUUCUCUAAUAAGUGACAGACUUGGUAGCAACUCCCUCCAAUAUCUAACUCAAUUGUCUAUUUGUAUAUCCUUUUAUGAGGACCGAAUGUUAAGUUAUUGUAAUGUUGGCUUUUCCUGAAAUGAGCAAGAUUUUCCCAACUGAUGACGUCAAUCAGUAAUGGAUAUGCCAAUGCUGCAUACCUGUACAACAGACUUGUAAAAACUUUAAGAUCAGGUUUUCAACAAAAAAAACGUAGUGGACCUGAAUCCAGCCUCAACCUGAACCUGAGUUUAGGUAUGCAGCACUAACCAUUACAAAGUUUUUAGGUCUUUUAAGACACCAUUUGAGACAUAAAAGCUUGUAUGCAGAAGCCUUGGUGUACUUCCUCUAUCCUGCAGCAUAACCCAAUAAGCACUUUUUUCAUACCUUAAAUUAUUUUAUACUCUGUUGCAAAUAUAUUGUAAAUUUUUUUUG